UAUAAACUUUGACAUUUUGACAGGUCAAAAACAGUGUUUUGAAUGUUUUUGUAUCAUAAAUAUUUAAAUACUAACAAAAUAAAUAACAUUCGAAAAUAAAAUUCAUAUAAUUAUAUACUGUGAUAAUUUUCUUCUAAGAGAGUAUUUUUUCGAAAAAUAAUCAUUUAAAAUAAACAUUAGAAUUAUUAGAAUAAACAAAAAUAAAUGUGAAUACGGUGAAAGUGAAUACAAAAUGCUUUUGAAUUUUUGCGAUUCAUCUUUAAGGACAGAAGUGAAAUGCAGUACAAUAAGUACAGAGGGUCAUGAAGUGGAGAAUUUAGUAAAUAAAUCCCAAAAGGGUUUCAUGGUUUAUUCGUGUAUUAAACCACCAAUUCACGUUGAUUUUCAUUUUAUCUGUAAUAUUCGCAUAAGUCACAUUAUCAUAUGGCCUAGUGUUGGUGCACAAAAAUCGUCUGGUUUUCAAAUUCACACGAAAUCCACCGAUGAGAUAACAGUAUCAUAUACUGGUAUUUCCAGUAAUGGUUAUUUAAAUCCAUCACAAUCAGGAAUAGUAUUUUAUAGAAGUGACCUGGAUCCAUCGACUAUUUCCAGUCCGUCGAAUUUUCUCCAAUCUCGUUUGAAGUCCUCCAAUUUGCGUCUAGUCAAUUAUGUUAAUAAAUUACGAAUAAGUAUUGUGAAGACGGCAAAUUCCGUUCCUGCUUUAGGAAAAGUUGAAAUUUGGGGACAUGUCUCGCCACAAUGCGGAAAAGACGUUAUCGCAACUGUUUGCAGUUUGUGGUCACAGCGAAAUAAUGUUUGCGCAACUGUUUCUAUUGAUAAGAAGGAACAAUCUCCUCCUUCGCAAAGUGAUAAUAUUGUUUACAAAAAAAUUCCCGAAACACUGGAAGUACCGGAAGAUUUUCUAGAUCCAAUAACAUGUGAAAUAAUGACUCAACCGAUUGUUCUGCCUAGUGGCAAAGUGAUAGAUCAAAGUACACUAGACAAACAUGAACAAAACGAGGCCAUCUGGGGCCGACCAUCUUCCGAUCCAUUUACAGGAAUUCCUUUGAGCGAAAUGCGAAGAGCUCUCGCCGCAACAGCACUUAAGGCGCAAAUUGAUAAAUUUUUACUUGAAAAUAGUGAAAAUGAGGAGGUAAAAAAAUUACCACGUGUCCUGGGUAGAAAAAUACGUCCAGAAUCGUCGCUUAAGUUAAUAAAUACUCAGAAACCACAGGAAAAAUUACCCGAAAGUAGUAAAUCGACAAUAAAAUAUAAUCAACAAACGGAGAAUAAUUUAAAACGAAAAAGACUGCAUUGUCAUGUUUUACCUUUAUUACCAGUUAGACCAGUAAGACGAAAAACAAGCAUGACUGUUAAUUCGAAUACUAUUAAAAAUGCAAAUACAAGCACUGAAAAUGUUCAAAAAUCAUCAUGUUCAAAUGAUAGUUCAAUUAAUUGUAAUUGCUGUACAAAUGGUAUUAUUUAUCGACUGCCUUGCAAUCAUACUUUAUGUAGAAAAGUUCUACUCUCCAGCAACAAUGAAUGCAAUGUUUGUAAAAUAGCUUUCACGAAUUCUGAUCCGCAAAGAAUUUUCGGAUAAUAGAAAAAGAGAAAUCAAAGAAAAAAAGAAAGAAAACUUUGGUGUAAAAAUAAAUGUUCAUAUUAAUUUUA